GCAGUGAGUGGUCCUCUUUAAUCAGCAGCUGUGGGGAGGCGGAUCGAGGUGCUGACUGUAAUGUGAUAGCUGCUCCGUCCUAACGUUAUUACAUACACAUGCUGCCUGCCUGCGCUCUCGCUGCUGGAAGACGGAGCCUUCAAACUCAGCCAGAAUACUCCGAGCAGAGCAGAGGGAAGGAGCUGCGUGCGUGGACAGCGGAGAGAGAGCGGGGUGUUACUGCUAGAUCCUAGACCACUGGGUAAUAACCGCAAUACCAAGGUUUUUGGUGUGCGUUCUAUGAAAUAUCGUUUUUACGCAAGAGCCUUGGACAGUUGGACUGUUUCGUUUAGAUUAUGUUUUUUAGUUUUUGUGGUUUUUUUGGACAAGUAAAUGCGCCGGAGGGAGAAAGUCAAAGGAAAUAAAAAUAUAAAUAUAUUCUCACUGGUUUGGAGGCAACCAAUACACUCACUUCAGAUAUCAGCUAGGGAAAGCAUCAAUUCUGUGGACUAAAAACCGCUACGGACCUUCUGAAUUAAUUCAUACCGAUUUUAUUUUAUUUUUUGAAACUGGUCCGUUAUUUCUUUGUAAUAGAAGAUUAGGCUGUCUGGAUGAAAUGUAUGUUGUAUUUUCUUGUGAUUCUUAACGCGGCAGUGGCCAGAAUGGUUUUGAAUAUUUUAAAUUAUUGAAUUGAAAUAACGGGGCAAAAUAUUAUUCAUUUUAAGAAGAUACAAAAUAACUGUUAAGCGGUGGGAAUUGAAAUCGCCGUUGUGUUGAACACCAACCACAGACAGACCUCUUCCCGGUGGAGACGCGUGUUACGCGUGAGUGGAGAAAACAGUUUGCACGAGGAGGACUUUCACGGCGAGUUCUUCUCUCCAAGAUUGGAAGGCUGAAACUUCAUCUAGGAAAAUGGAUAUAUUAACGUGGCUCUGUGGAUCUUUACUGGUGGUUUGCUUACCACAAAUAGUUAUCGGUGAAGAAGGUGAGACGUGUGGUGGGCGUUUUGAUGCCAGCGACGCCGGGUACAUCACCACCCCAGGUUACCCUUUGGAGUACCCCCCUCAUCAGAACUGUCGCUGGGUCAUCACCGCUCCAGAACCCUCCCAACGUAUUGUCCUGAACUUCAACCCACACUUUGAACUGGAGAAACUAGACUGCAGAUAUGACUUCAUAGAGAUUCGAGAUGGGAACAAUGAGAAUGCGGACCUGUUGGGUAAACACUGCAGCAACAUCGCCCCUCCUGCCAUCAUUUCCUCCGGCCCCGUGCUCCACAUCAAGUUCGUCUCUGACUACGCUCACCAGGGAGCUGGCUUCUCACUGCGAUACGAGAUCUUCAAGACUGGUUCAGACUGCUCCCGUAACUUCACCAGUCAGAAUGGGAUCAUUGAGUCUCCGGGGUUCCCUGAUAAAUACCCUCAUAACCUGGAGUGUUCCUUUAUCAUCAUCGUGCCCCCGGCCAUGGACGUGACCCUGACCUUCCUGACCUUUGACCUGGAGAACGACCCCCUGCCUGGGGGAGAGGGAGACUGCAAGUAUGACUGGUUGGAGGUCUGGGAUGGUCUGCCACAGGUGGGACCUCUGAUUGGACGUUACUGUGGGACUAAGAUCCCUCCUGAGAUGACGUCGUCUACAGGAAUCCUCUCUCUGUCCUUCCACACGGACAUGGCUGUGGCCAAAGAUGGCUUCUCCGCUCGCUACAACAUGACACACAAAGAAGUCAGCGACACCUUCCAUUGCAGUAACGCGUUAGGUCUGGAGUCAGGGAAGAUCUCUGAUGACCAGAUAACCGCCUCCUCUUCCUUCUAUGACAACACAUGGUUGCCACGGCAGGCCCGCCUUAACAACGACAACAACGCAUGGACGCCCAACGAGGAUAGCAGCAAGGAGUUCAUCCAGGUGGAUCUCCAUGUCCUGAAGGUGUUGACAGGUAUCUCCACCCAGGGAGCGGUGUCCAAGGAGACCCAGAAGUCCUAUUACGUCAUUACCUUCAAGCUGGAGGUCAGCACCAACGGAGAAGACUGGAUGGUCUACCGAUAUGGGAAGAACCACAAGGUGUUCCAUGCCAACACAGACUCUACAGAGGUGGUUCUGAACCGGAUCCCCCAGCCUGUACUGGCCCGCUUCGUACGCAUCAGACCCCAGACCUGGAAGACAGGCAUCGCCCUGCGCUUCGAACUCUACGGCUGCCAGAUCACUGACGCUCCGUGUUCUGAGAUGCAGGGGAUGCUGUCCGGCCUUCUGCCUGACUCCCAGAUCACAGCGUCCUCCACGAGGGAUAUCCACGGCUCCAUGGGGACAGCCAGACUGGUAGCCAGCAGGUCAGGAUGGUCCCCCAGCCCAACGCAGCCUCUGGCCGGGGAGGAGUGGCUCCAGGUGGACUUGGGGGUCCCUAAGACAGUGCGAGGCGUCAUCACCCAGGGGGCGAGGAGUGUGGAGGGGAGCACCUCAGCUGAGAACAGGGCCUUCGUCAGGAAGUACCGCGUGUCUCACAGCCUGACGGGGAAGGACUGGACCUUUAUACUGGACAGCAAGACCAACCACCCUAAGAUCUUCGAGGGAAACACGCACUACGACACUCCGGAGAUCCGGCGGUUUGAGGAGAUACCGGCUCAGUUCAUCAGGAUCUACCCAGAGAGGUGGUCUCCUGCUGGGAUAGGGAUGAGGCUGGAGGUCCUGGGGUGCGAACUGCCAGAAAUGACUACUCUACCUGCCACUGCCACACCCUCCCUGCCUAGACUAGAGGAGACCACCGCUGCCUCGAGAGGACCAGGCACUACUACGUGGUCUCUGGGAGGUCUGUGUGACUUUGAGUCCAGUCUGUGUGGCUGGAUCCCAGACGGCGUGUCAGAGCUGAGCUGGUCUCUCCACAGCGGCAGCAUCUCUUCUGUUCUAACACCCAGCUUGGAUCUCCCUCUCUCUCUGCCCAAAGACGACGUGGGUAACUUCCUCCACAUCGAGGCCAGCCCCAGGACAGAGAGGCAGCGAGCCCGUCUGCUGAGCCCCGCGGUGGGGCCUGAGAGGGGGCCGCUGUGCCUGCUCUUCAACUACCAGCUCCAGGGGCCCGAGAACCAGGGCCAGGGGUCCCUCAGGAUCCUCCUCAGAGCCAAUGACCAGGAGGAGACUUUGCUCUGGGCCCUCAACGGAGACCAGGGGCCCGUGUGGAAGGAGGGCCGCACCAUCCUGCCCCAGUCACCCAAAGAGUACCAGGUGGUGAUUGAGGGUUUCUUUGAGCACAGCAACCGAGGACACAUCUGGAUAGACAACAUCCACAUGAGCUCCAGUACUGAGCUUGAACAGUGCACACAACCCUUCGCUGCAUUCCCUCCUGACAUGACUGGGGGAGCUCUUCCUGGUGCCAGUGAGCCCACAGUAGACACAGAGGUGUCAGUGCAGCCCAUCCCCCCCUACUGGUAUUAUGUAAUGGCUGGCGUUGGGGCCCUGUUACUCCUGGCUUCAUUCACUCUGGUCAUGGUUCUCUGCUGCCACCGCUACCAACUAGCGGCCAAGAAGAACAGCCAGCACUCGGUGUCCUACCAGAGUACCCACUUCCACAGCAGCCACUACGGCCCCGGGCCUAACCACAACCACUACCCCGGGCCUAGGGGUGUUAUGUCAGCCCACUACCCCAACGGAGGCCCUCUGUCUGGGCUGGGGCUGGCAGGACCCACCGCCCCUCCAAUAGAGCCCAUGCUGUCUAUCAGGCUGGAGAAGGAGGACGAGCAUCGGAGCUCCCGGUGCUGACUAUGUCUGACACAGAGACAGACAGACAGGGAGACAGACAGGGAGACAGGUUCAACAGACACACUGAGAGAGACAGUACUGUGACAGGGCAGGGCAGACUGAACCAGACACACACCUGCCCUCAGAUAUCUACAGACACCCUCAGGUGAUGUCGUGAAUGAACGAUCUGGUCUGACUGUUUGGAAUCUGCUGUCUCUGAAGAAAAGAAAAAAACAUUACGAGCAAAAAAAAGGUGCAGAAACGGCUUCAGCAGGCUAAUGAUGCUACAGGCUUAUGAUGCUGCCUCUGUGAAGGAAUGCAAAAAGGUGCAGAAAAGGUGCAGAAAAGGUGCAGAAAAGGUGCAGAAAAGGUGCAGCUGUGGAUGAUAUCGUUGGUUUCCCUUUAGCCUCUCUCCUAGCGGAGCUGCUGCUGUGUGGCUUUAAGACAGGACGUGGAAGGGUUCGCUGUGAUAAUGUGCUUCCUGUUUCAUUGAGCUUGUUUACGUCCAGAACAUCCAGCCAGAACCCUUAGCGGCAGCCCGACUCCUCCAAAGGGUUUCUGGGAAAGAUGGGAUUCGGAAUAUGAGUGUACGUCUCAAUUGGCACCCUAAUCCCUAUAUAGUGCACCAUGGGCCCUGGUCAAAAGUAGUGUGCUAUAUAGGGAAUAUGGUGCCAUUUGGGACGGGCCCUUAAUCUUUCAGUGGGGAGUUAAACAGAGAGAGAGAGAGAGAGAGAGAGAGAGAGAGAGAGAGAGAGAGAGAGAGAGAGAGAGAGAGAGAGAGAGAGAGAUGCUGAUGCUCCACCUAGCAUGACAAACUGAGAUCUGCUGCUCUUGAAGAAGGAAUCAGGGGAGAGGGAGGUAUGUCGGUAUGACAUAUUUCUAUUUUGUUUGACCUUCCUCCUGACUGUGGAGAGAACUCUGGUCCAUGUUUCAGUUUGCUUGGAUGAUGGACUUGCUUGUGUCUGAUUAUAUAUAUUAUUAUAAACUAAUGUUUUAUUUCCUUUAUGAAGGACUGAAGCAAUCGAGACAAUCCUGUACUAACUGCAUUGGCACACCUAUCAAUGGAGACAAUAUUUGUUUUCUUACUAUAUGCAACAGUCUUCUGAAGCUGCCUUAGACAGCCUAUACUCUCUGAGACAGUCAGACACCCUCCAUCCCUCCAUCCCUCCAUUCUCAUGACAUACCUUAACGCUGGGAGGGUACAGGGCUCGUCAGAGUGACAAAUGUACCUCUUUUACUAAUCACAUCACAUCGUCCUCGCUCUACUCUUUUACAUGACUGUUUUACAUUUGUUCAUUCGUUUUUUUAUCAAUUGUUGUGUUGUUCUCGGCGGGCAAAGCUGGUCAAAUUGUGUCCUCUUUACCAGCUUUGCCCGCUGUGUUGAUAUUUUACAUGUUGAUGAGAGGGUGUGUUUUAAUAGGACUUGAGAUAAAGUAUAAGCAUGUUGUUGGAACUGGGUUGUUGUUCUGUAGUUGAGUUAUUGAACGUACCUCAACCGUGUUGUUGAGUUAUUGAACAUACCUCUGGUCCCUGAGAUUUCUCAACAGAGUGUAAUGGAGCUGUAUGAUAGAGCUGUGAUAGUGUUAUACGAGACAGAAGUACUACAGAGCCGUGAUAGUGUUAUACGAGACAGAAGUACCACAGAGCCAUGAUAGUGUUAUAGGAGAUAGAAGUACUACAGAGCCGUGAUAGUGUUAUAGGAGAUAGAAGUACCACAGAGCCGUGAUAGUGUUAUAGGAGAUAGAAGUACCACAGAGCCGUGAUAGUGUUAUAGGAGACAGAAGUACCACAGAGCUGUGAUAGUGUUAUAGGAGAUAGAAGUACUACAGAGCUGUGAUAGUGUUAUAGGAGAUAGAAGUACCACAGAGCUGUGAUAGUGUUAUAGGAGACAGAAGUACCACAGAGCUGUGAUAGUGUUAUAGGAGAUAGAAGUACUACAGAGCUGUGAUAGUGUUAUAGGAGAUAGAAGUACCACAGAGCUGUGAUAGUGUUAUAGGAGACAGAAGUACCACAGAGCCGUGAUAGUGUUAUAGGAGAUAGAAGUACUACAGAGCCGUGAUAGUGUUAUAGGAGACAGAAGUACCACAGAGCUGUGAUAGUGUUAUAGGAGAUAGAAGUACCACAGAGCUGUGAUAGUGUUAUAGGAGACAGAAGUACUACAGAGCUGUGAUAGUGUUAUAGGAGACAGAAGUACUACAUCAUUCAUAGACACACUGAAUGUGCUGGAGUUGUUUCUUGUCCUAAGAAUCCAUUUCAAGUCUCGAGGACAACAGUUGGUCCAUUUUAGAGACAUGGAAUGUUGAAGUUAAUUUGUUAUUCCUAUCAAAAUGUCACUUCUGAUUUUUAGCUUAACGUUUUGCGUUCUAAUGUUACACUGUUUAUUAAUGUUACAUUGCAUUGCUGGGAUCAAGGCAGCUGUAUGACCAUAUAUAGUCAUGUUACUCAUUCUGUGGGUUACCUGCCAGGUGGUUUGGUGCAACUGUCUUUACCUCCAAUCCCUCUGUGAAAGGCCAUUUUCCUUAUUGAAACCUAAAGCUAAUAAAUCAAAUAGAGUAUAGAGAUCCAUUGGUAAUAAAUCAAAUAGAGUAUAGAGAUCCAUUGGUAAUAAAUCAAAUAGAGCAUAGAGACCUUAAACUAGGGCUUAAUUCAAUCCGUAUCGCGGAAGUUCAGCGUUGCGGCGUGAUUUAGAUUUAAAGGUAAUAUUUCCUCGUUAGCGGAGACUGCAUUCAUGGUAAGCACUGCAUACUGUAUGUCAGCUCAAACUGAAAUGAUCAUUACAUUUCUAUUGCACAGUCGCUAAUCUGAGAUACCUGCCAUCUCAUUAGAUCUAACUCCUUCCCACUGUCAAAGGACAUUCUCCUACUAAAUUACAGAUCCUAUUUUCUUUCUUUUUAAACCUACCAAAUGAGAGAGUGAGUAAAUCCUAAUGUGUUGAUUUAGAAACCUCUAGUAAAUCCUAAUGUCUUAGUCUAGAAACCUCUAGUAAAUCCUAAUAUGUUGGUCUAGAAACUUCUAGUAAAUCCUAAUGUUUUGGUAUACAAACCUCUAGUCAAUCCUAAUGUCUUGGUCUAGAAACUUCUAGUAAAUCCUAAUCUCUUGGUCUAGAAACUUCUAGUAAAUCCUAAUGUCUUGGUCUAGAAACUUCUAGUAAAUCCUAGAGAGAGAGACCAUCUGACCCAGCCCAGCAGGCCCAGUGUAAUGGACGGAGCACUCUCGAACUGUAGACUAAUUGGACAAUGAUUGGCAUGGUAUUCACAGAACACUAGCUAGAUGGACAUCUUGGAUUUCAUACUAAUGGAUCAUUGCUUUUUACUCUAUAACACAACCAUGUUGUUGGGUCCCAUCUCAUGUUCCACUCUAUAACCCAACCAUGUUGUUGGGUCCCAUCUCAUGUUCCACUCUAUAACCCAACCAUGUUGUUGGGUCCCAUCUCAUGUUCCACUCUAUAACACAACCAUGUUG